AUUCUUUCCAGCAAAUAUUUGAGGCGCUUUUAUUGUGAAGGAGGUGAGUGCUGUCGUUGAUGCUGCUGUCGGUUGAAGCGUCGAGCUAAGAUGGCAGAGUACCUGGCAUCCAUUUUUGGAACAGAGAAAGAUAAGGUCAACUGUUCUUUUUAUUUUAAAAUCGGUGCUUGCCGACAUGGCGACCGCUGCUCCAGAUUACACAAUAAGCCAACAUUUAGCCAGACUAUUGCCCUCCUGAACAUUUACCGGAACCCGCAGAACAAUGCCCAGUCUGCUGACGGUCUGACCUGUGCCAUCAGUGACAUGGAGAUGCAGGAGCACUAUGAUGAGUUUUUUGAGGAGGUCUUCACAGAGAUGGAAGAAAAGUACGGAGAAGUGGAGGAAAUGAACGUAUGUGACAACCUCGGGGACCACCUAGUAGGAAAUGUGUAUGUGAAGUUCCGUUACGAAGAGGAUGCUGAGAAGGCCGUGAUAGACCUGAAUAACCGGUGGUUUAAUGGACAGCCCAUCCAUGCCGAGCUCUCUCCUGUCACAGACUUUAGAGAAGCCUGCUGUCGUCAGUAUGAGAUGGGGGAGUGCACUCGUGGUGGCUUCUGCAACUUCAUGCAUCUGAAACCCAUUUCACGUGAACUGAGGAGAGAGCUCUACGGACGUCGUAGGAAGAGCCGCCACAGGUCUCGGUCUCGGUCGAGAGAGAGGCGAUCUCGCUCGAGGGACAGAGGACGAGGAGGCGGCGGCGGCCGUGACCACGAGAGACGCCGCUCCAGAGACAGAGAGCGUUCGGGACGAUUCUGAACCACAAGCCAUGACUACUUUACCCUUCCUCCCUGUAUCCACGACCAUCUUUUUUUUUUAAGUUUGUACCAUUCAAGAUCUGUUCUAGGACUAACUGAAAGGAACCCAGUUCUGACGCUGUGACAGCUUGUUUUUUCUUGAUUUGUGGAAAUGACUUUCACCUCAUUAAAUUUAAACUUUUUACUUAA